AUCUGUUUAACUUUCUGGCACCGGUUGAUUUAACAACACUUGUUUUUCACCGGAGUAAAACAUUUUCCCUCCCCGUAUGCAGAUCUAAGGCUUAUUUGGGAUUUCUGGCUUCGUGUUCUGCAUCUGCUGACAUGCAGCGUCUCUUCAGCCAUGCGAUGCAGCGUACAGAGACAUCCGCACUUUGUGUGUACACACGACACGGACUGAGAUCAGCGCCUGUGUGAUUGGAGAUCCUGGUGGAGAAGGUGGAGCGUGGAGGCUGAAACAAUCUUCUCUCAAUUGCAGAAAAUCCACACACAGGGAUUCUUCCCAUCCGCACUGUGCUGUCAUCUGGACGCCUGCAACUUUGUCUUUGUAUUGGUGUCUGAAGGGGACAGGACAGGAGGACUCUCUGCAGCACUGGCAUUGUGGUGAGGGUCCAUACCUGGGUACAUGCCAGGAGAUGCGCCAACUUAACACCUGGAUCAAGUGAACCUGCGCACAGAGCUGCACGCUUUUGAGGGGCUGCACUCCAUGGAUUGUGUGUAAGCCGUUUAUGGGGGCACUCUACUCAGGUCUUACCCUUUGGAGAGAGAAGAGAAUUGCUGUUUUGCAGAACAGGAGGAUUUGCAGGCAGCGCAGUUCUAAUAGACCCUGCAACCUGAUAAGCUGGAAGCCAUGAUGAAGACGGUUUCCAGUGAAAGCUGCACACUCAGUGUCCCAGCAAAGAACUCCUAUCGUAUGGUGGUCCUUGGCGCCUCGAAGGUGGGCAAGAGUUCCAUUGUUUCACGCUUCCUAAAUGGACGUUUCGAAGACCAGUAUACACCAACAAUUGAGGAUUUCCACCGAAAGCUUUAUAAUAUAAGAGGAGAUAUGUACCAGUUGGACAUUUUAGAUACGUCUGGAAAUCAUCCAUUUCCUGCAAUGAGAAGACUCUCCAUAUUGACAGGUGACGUCUUCAUCCUCGUCUUCAGCAUCGACAACCGAGACUCCUUCGACGAAGUGAAGAGGCUGAGAAAGCAGAUCCUUGAAGUCAAGUCUUGCGUUAAGAACAAAACAAAAGAAACUGGAGAGUUUCCCAUGAUGAUCUGCGGAAACAAAAUCGAUUGCGGGGAACACCACCGCAAGGUACGGGCCGAAGAGGCUGAGCGUCUCGCUUCCGGGGAUGAAAAUUGUGAUUACUUCGAGAUCUCGGCCAAGAAGAAUAUAAAUGUGGAUAAAAUGUUCCAAGUCCUCUUCAGCAUGGCCAAGCUUCCCAAUGAAAUGAGUCCCGCUCUUCAUCGCAAAAUCUCAAUGCAGUACGGAGACUCCUUCCAGCAGAAGUCUUUUAGGUUAAGAAGGUUUAAGGAAAUGGAUGCCUAUGGCAUGAUCUCCCCAUCUGCUAGGCGCCCUAGUGUCAACAGUGAUCUCAAAUACAUAAAGGCCAAAGUGCUCGGAGAAGGUCAAGGACGUGACAGAGAGAAGUGCUCAAUACAAUGAGUUGAUUUUUUAGGCAUUGACUAUGACAAAGUGCCUUCAAGCUUGCCAGGAUCCAAGGGAUAAGGAUUCACAACUCCAUAUCCUGCGGCUUCAGAUAGGACUAUAUAUAAUAUCAAAGUUGUAGAACAAAGACGUAAUGAAGACUAGAUGUAGAGCAGUGGUCUCAAACUGUGGCCCUCCAUAUGCAGGGCUGGUGCGAGGAUUUUUACCACCCUAGACACAAGAUAAUUUUGCCGCCCCCCCCCCCCCCCAAUUUUGACUUCACCCAUUUGCCCGCCGUUUGACAUGCCACAAUUUACUUCUGAGGUGACAGCCCCCUCAUGUAAUUAGCUUACAAUUGCGGUGACACACUGUAACAAACCUCCUCCUCAUGCUGCUGAGUGGUUCGGAUGCUGGUUGUCUAACUUUCUUGCGGCAGGCAGAACGGCGCCCCUCAUCAACAGGGCGCUGUAGGCAGCCGCCUAUUUUGCCUAAAGGCAGAGCCGGCCCUUAUCCAUAUGUUGCAAAACUUCAACUCCCAGCAUGCCCGGACAGCCGUUGGCUGUCCGGGCAUGCUGGGAGUUGAAGUUUUGCCACAUAUAGAGGGCCCAAGUUUGAGACCACUGAUGUAGAGUGUGCUGAACUGAAUAACUUCCGAAAUAAUGAAUUUCAGGUCCUUUUGUGCCACAUUUCUCUUUACACGAGUGAUGAAAAUAACAAAUUUACCGUAAUGGACAACUGUAAAAAUUUACUUAAUAUUAAGACUUCUAAGGUCAAUUUUAAUCCAAAAACUGACUCCGAAACACGAAGGUAAAUUAACAUGAAGGAUAUCUUCCGGCCUAAUAUUGAUGUUGCACCUAAUGCUCUUAGCUGCGGAGAAAACAAACAAACAGAUAAUAGACAUUUCCAUAAGUAUUCCAAAUUGUAUUCAUUGUUUUUUUUAUGGUUUAGUAUGGUUCAAUGAGCUUUAAAAUGAUCCACUUAAUUGUUUAGUCAACUGCAUGUGGCUAGGUAUUAAGUGUGCACCUACUGUAUAGACUAUAAGGUUGAUGUGAAGAAAACGUUCGAAAUCUCUACUGAGACCCGCAAAAUGUUUGUGAUUUACUCUUAUUAUUCUUUGUCUUUUUUUUCCUUCUUUCACUCUUUCUGAAUUAUUUAUGAGAACUGUUAAAUAAAAAAAAAGAUAUUCCUCUUCA